GAAAAGAAAAUACAAACAAUGUUAACAUGUCAGCAAACAAUGUGGGCCGAGGGCGACGCAAGCCAACCAGUAUAUGGACCCGCGAGAAGAUUUCCAAACUAAUUCAGCUUUACAGAAAAUCUGAUUGUUUAUGGAACCACUAUUCGGAGUUGUAUAAAAACAAAGAUUGCCGCAAGAAAGCGAUUGAAAACAUUUGUGCCUCCCUCGGAAUUACCAAAAACGAUUAUGGCAAAAAAGUACAUAAUUUGAGAAAUCAAUUCAAUUCAGAAUUGAAAAAGUUGGAGCGUCGCCAGGAGGAGACGGGUGGUUCCAGUCCCGCGGCUGACAAGACGUGUCGCUGGGAACACUUCAAAUCUCUGAUGUUUUUGCGGUCUAUCAUUGAACCCAGGCCUGGAUAUCAAAAUGGCCCAACGCAAUGCAAGAAAAUCAGUGCAAAACUGGAGGGCGACCAAGAAUUAGAAGCACAGAGACCAUCUUCAGCAUCGAAAUGCCAAUUCGAGGCAGUGGACCAACUGGUCACGGUUGUGGACGAAAGUAAAGCGCAUCAACAAAGCAUCUGUGAUACAAUUGAAACGUGUAUUCCUGAAUAUGUAUCCGCCAUCAUAUCUGCAUCGACAACUUGCUCAAGCUCUGUCGCAACCCGACCAGGGGAUGCGGCAGGAGCCGUGUCUGUCCCGGCACAAGUCAGCAUUGGCCGGGACCAGUGGGACUCGUUCGGUGAAUUAAUUGCUAAUGAGUUUCGCAACUUGAAUUCGGAUGUUUCACGCAAGAGACUGAAGCGAAAAAUAAUGCAAGUGAUGCUGGAAGUCGGCGAAGAGGAUGACCGAGAAAACGCUGGACCCAAUAGUUGAUGUACAUAGUGAGCUCCGUGUUGAAUA